AUGGUACGAUGCUUCUCCAACAAUAAGCCGUGGAUGAACAUUGAGAUUAAGGCCCUGCUGAAGGAGAAGAAGAGGGCCUUUCUAUCAAAGGACAAACAGGCACUGAAGGAGGUACAACGGAGACUGAGGCUGAGCAUCAGGACUGCAAAGGCCCGCUACAAGAACAGGAUGGAGGAACAGCUGAGCCAACAGAAUGUGGCAGGGGUUUGGAGGAGCCUGAAGACCAUCUCGGGCUUCAAAACACCCCCUGUCCAGCCUGUGGGGGACCCCCAGCACCGUCUCAAUUAUGUGGCCAGUAAAAGUCGUAAUCAGAGGAGCGAGAUGACAGGGUAA